CAAAGCCAUCACGGAGAUGCUCAGUCGAAAUUUGUAGUUUACAGUGUUGCAACGCUGACGUUUAUCCUGACUGUGUGAGCAUGAGUUAGGACAUCAAAAUGACUCCUGAAGCGUCGAAAAUUGAGCAUAUCCAGCGUCAAGUCGUCAAGUAGUUCUUUUCUUUGGGCUGAUGUACCGAUGGAAGCCGACUUUCUGGCAGCAGCGAAAACCGGAACCGAUGAUGAUGAUUGAUUGAACAAAAGCCAACUACAAAGAAUUGUUUCACAACGCUAACGAUAAACAAUUUUCUCGAAAUAUAAUUGCAAGGAUGUCAGGCCCAGGGCAGGGGGCUUUAAGAUCGGGUAACUUAGGGUAACUGACAUUUCUAUUGCUUAGACAAUCCGUUCUAAGACAAUCCAAUGCGAUCCAAUACAACAUCAUGCAAAUGGCGGUUGCAACUCCGUAGGUGCUUCGUCUGUAGAUUUUGUUUGCUUUUGCUCUUUGUACCUGAAGGCGUCCUACGUCGAAAUGGCAGCGGUAGUCUGCUUGUUAGUCGUCCCUCACGCCGAGAUCAGGCGCAAAUGUCAUCUGGACGAGGGAACAGUUUCUGCACUUAAGCGUGCCAUCAUGGCGUCCAGCGUUUUGGCGCCUCAUGUCAAAAUGGAUGACAGGUUUCAGGUACUGGACAAGGACUUCAAUGAUUUCGUGGACCUGGACGACGGUGACGAGAUAUUGCAUAUGUCGACUAUUCGCGCGGUGCGCGCAACAUCAGCUCAGCUUGAAGAUGAGAGCCGUGCCGAAGUUCCUAUAUCUUCCUUGCCCGAGCAAUCCACACCUCAAGCUCAUCCUAGUGGCUCAGUAGAAACCAUCUGUCUGACGGAGAUGAACGAUGGCAGCGAUCAUCACGGGAGAGACUAUCUCUUCCCAGACUUCGGAACAAUUCAUACACUGUUGAGGGCUGACGCACCUGUGACGUCGUCACUGCACAAGAAAAUUAUUAACAUCCUCUUCCAGUCUAUGAUAAAGUGCAGCAUAACUCCCAGUAGGAGAUUCUAUUCGAAAGUUGUAACUAUGCUCCUGGCUCGCUACCCAUUUCUAGCUGAUGCAAUAGGAGCAGGCCAUGAAUCGUGGCUAACGUCCCUCACAAUGAAAUUCAAGAAUGAACGAAGGAAAAUGCCAAACGAUGAGAGGGUGGAAGCAAACAGACUCAAGUAUGGCAAACAAACGAAACGUAAGCCUGAAGGUGACAGUUUUGAUGCCUCCGAGGAAGUGCUCAAGCGUCGGAAGUUACAUAGCGACAUCACUGCCCAUGCUAGCACUUCCCACGUAGAAGGAGAGGAUGAUGCCAGUGCACGUGACCACCAGGAGUGGCUCAUAAAGGAGCACAAGAAAGAUGCACCCAAUGAAGAGCUUAUCGGUAUCAGAAUGCAGCUCACAAUGAAACAAAGAACAGCGGCUCUUGUGACAUUGCCAGUGCCCACUGUCAAACAGACAUAUCCCUACUUAAUGGAUGCCGCAAGAGUAUGUAGGCCGUGUUUGCGAUAUUGCAGCAUCACAAUGACCUUCUUGUUCAUUUUCCAGUUCUUCAAGGAAUGUGAAAGAAGAUACGGGCAACACCCAUAUCAACAAAUGGUAGCUGCUCUUCAGCGGCUACGGGAGCUCGCAGUCAGAAACAGAAUCAACUGCAAGGAGGAACUACGAGAAUUAAUAUUUGCUGAUGAGGCACGAACUGGCAUUUGUGAGAGACGUCGUAAACAUCUCCUGGCUAUUCAUGCAUUGCGGAUCCUUGGGGGCUGUGUCCGGGAACCUGACGCCAUUGAUGCCAUGCUUUUCGAAGAAGGCAAGCCUCUUCCAAAAACACCAUGCGUAACCUUCACCGGAGCUACAAUUGAAGAUGCUGAGCACAUGCACGUCUAUGUGGACAAGACAUUGUUGUUUCGUGUCAUCGACAUCGAGGAGGCUGUCUCCGCUAUUCUUUCAGCGUACUGGCUUUUUCAAAUUGUGUACAAAAAGCCAUACAACAUGCUGUGCUCCCUGGAAAGGCUGUGUUUAAAGGUGACUGAGUCGCGUGCCCGAUCGCCAGUGAUUCGGUUUUUCAACCGGCACAGGAACAUUCUUGACAGCUGCGCUUAGACUUCAACCUCUCACUGCUGCAUCUUCAGGCUGUCCAGCUUCAAGUGAGCUUCUUUUAGGUAUUUGGCGUCAGCUUGUUUUACACGCAGUAAUUAAAUCACUCAAGCAUUGUUAAGUACACUGUUUUUGAAGCUUCUGUGGAAGGUACACAAGAUGCUCUAUUCUAUCUAUAUAUUCUAUAUUCUAUAAUUUGGAAACUACUGUAGCCAAUGCAAAGAUUUUGCAAAGAUUUCCGUGGAGUUGCCAGUUACUGGGUUUUUCACUUUCGACCCAAGCAUCCAACAACUUUAUACCAACAUUGCUUGCAAUGUUGGAGCAUUGUGCUCCUCCUUUUUCACCUGUGUGGACACUUAAUGCACCGUUGUAUUAUGCAGGGAAGCCUAAGAGGUGUGACCGAACGAUAAUGAGACUGGUGCCGUAGCUUUGAAACCGAGAGUGAGAGGAGAGAAAUGGAGAGUGCACCACAGAGCAUGAUCUAACGCAUUGGCGUGAAAGUAUCAGCUCUGUGGUCCCACUCAGUGCGACUGGACACACAGUCAAAGAACGUCAUCUGCUACCAUCUGCCAGUUUUUGUUACAGCGAACGACUCUGCGUUUGUUACUGUCAACUAUGACUGCAGCUUAUGGUGAGGGCAGAGAAAGUGUGCAAGCUGACAGUCGGUCAGGGUACCUACGCACAACAAAUAACAAUGUCAGCAUUGGAAAAGUUUGGGAUGUUCCAUUCUUCUGUCUUUGAUGUUAAAUUUGGCCUGCAAAAUCUGUUGAAUAGUUUCCUUGUCCAAAUUAGCUGCCUCCAUUAUUUCUUGAAUGCUUAACCUUCGGUCUUUUCAAAUCACAUCCUAACUCUCAACAUUUACAUUAACUUCUGUGUGUGGUGCACUGACGGAUCAUCAUCUUGCACAGUUUCCCUGCACUCCGAAAAUCGCUUGUGUUGGUUAAACGCACGUGACGGAGGCAAGCACUCCUCACCAGGCUUCAGUAAACAGUUCGAAAGCCUCUGCUACAGACCCCUUCAGCUUCACAAAAUGCCUGAUGUUAACUCACUGCUCAGUCUUGCAUUCCAAUUCCAAUAAUUUCCAACUGAGUGUUAGCAGACGACAACAUUUGAACAUGCGCCCAGUCGCACUGAUGGCAUGCAUGAGCGUGGGACUUGUUUCACGGCAAUAGGUUACGCUGUGUUGCGCCUUCUCCAUUUCUCUCCUCUCACUCGGUUUCAAAGGUACGGCAUUGCCUCGUUAUUUAUCUUCCGUCACCUCUCUUUGUUAACAGUAAAAAAGGAUGCUUACGGUGCUUUAGCUCCACCCUUUCCUUCCCAGAGCGCAAGCCAUUCUUGCAUUUGUAACAGCAUUUUCUGAGUUAUGUACGCCAGUGCCACUCAUCAGACAUGUAAACCCCAAAGUUGAAGGCAAUUUUUUCAUCGCUUUAACUUAAAUGAUAAAGAACUAGAACAUAUGUUAAAUAUUGUUUGUGACUUGUGUGGUUUCAGACACUCAACUGUGAUACAUGUACUUCACUGUCAUUGCUUUUAUUAUUACUAGUAUGUUUUAACCUGUUCUAGUCAUUUAGAACAAACAUGUUCCAAAAUAUUUUGUUUGGGACUUUACUCUAGUCGUGGCUGCUGAAAUGGAUGUUUGCUGUGUCUCAAUAUGCUUAUGCUAUCUAUGUUGCCAAUGUUCGUUUGCUUCAUGUAGCUAUAUAUCAACAAUUUUCACUGUUGAGUUCUGGUCGUUCUCAGCCUCAGAUCUUCUUGCCAAUAAAUAUUUUUUUCUGGAA